GGAACCCAUAUCCGAACAACCCAUCCUAAGUUUAAGCUCGCCCCUAGGCGAUAUGGCCCCUUCAAGAUACUGGGAAAAGUAGGAACCCUGGCGUACAAACUCCAAAUUCCUCCGCAGUGGAAAAUCCACCCGGUGUUCCACGCCGCCGUGCUCACCAAAUAUAGAGAAACCGAAGCCCACGGAGAAAACUUCGCGCGACCAAUACCGGAGGUAUUGAACGAUGAAGAACAUUACGAAGUAGAAAUGAUCGUGGAUUCAAAACGGCAAGGACGGGGAACCAAAUACUUGGUCAAAUGGAUGGGAUAUCCCGAAGCAGACAACACCUGGGAG